CCUGGGGACGGGGUGUGAGGGGCCACGGCCGGCUGGGGGGGCUCCGGCUGAUCAUGGCUGGCAUGCUGCUAUAAGAACUAAUUGCAGAGCGAGAAGGGAAAGCGUUGGCAGGCCGGAACGGUGAGCACACCCUCCUAUCACAGCACAGCCUGCAGCCAUCCUAGUCCUCGGUGUGCCCUGCCUACAGGCAGCCUCAUGUGUGCUGCACCUCACCUACUGGAAUGGGGCGCUGCCAGAUGUGAAUUGAGAUGGAAGGCUUAGGGGAAAAGAAGCCCUGGGGAAAGCUGAGCAGACUGCUAGGAGCUGACACUGAUGCUGCCUCUGAGCUUUUACUGUGCAAAAAGGAAUGGACGAUUGGAAGGAAGAAAGGUUGUGACCUUUCAUUUCCUGGUAACAAACUGGUGUCUGGAGAACACUGCAAAAUAUCAGUGGAUGAAGCUUCUGGAGUUGUUUCCCUAGAAGACACCAGUACAAAUGGCACUGUGAUUAACCAACAGAAAGUAGUAAAGAAGCAGUCCUACACGUUAAAAAACGGCGAUGUGAUCUAUGUUGUUUAUAGAAAAAAUGAGCCGGAACAAAAUGUUGCUUAUCUGUACCGAUCAUUGAAUUCCGCACAAGACAAUAUGCAAGAGCCAGAAGAUACCUCAGGUGAAGCAGAUGCCACUCAGACAUUGUCACCUUUUGAAGAUACUUUGCUGACGUCAGAGGAACCUCAGCCUUCCACCUCCACAUCUAACCUCUAUAGCACACCCACUACCUCUUCCCAAGAGCCACUUUUUGCCAUGCAGAUUCAGCCAUCCCCAGCAGAUGUUAGUACUGCAAAAACACAAGAAGACAAGCAUUCCAAGGUGGGCUAUUGUGGACAGAGCUUCACAGAUGUGAAAGAUGACCCAGAUAAAGAACAGGAUAAUCAACCUCCUAAAAAGAAGCUAAAAGUUGACAUGGACUGUUCAGGUUCUCAUUGUCCUACACCGCUCAGUGACUCAAAAGGAGCAUCUGAAGAUACAAAAUCAGCUAGCAUAAAGCCAGACAAAAUGGAGGAGACUUUGACCUGCAUUAUCUGCCAGGAAUUGCUGCAUGAUUGUGUUAGUUUGCAGCCAUGUAUGCACACAUUCUGUGCUGCCUGUUACUCUGGUUGGAUGGAGCGCUCAUCGCUCUGCCCUACAUGCAGAUGUCCUGUUGAACGGAUUUGUAAAAACCACAUACUUAAUAAUCUUGUGGAAGCUUAUCUGCUCCAGCACCCAGAGAAGUGUCGCAGUGAAGAAGACAGGCAUAGCAUGGAUGCUCGAAAUAAAAUCACACAAGAUAUGCUGCAGCCCAAGGUGCGCAGAUCGUUUUCUGAUGAAGAAGGGAGUUCUGAAGAUCUACUUGAAUUAUCGGAUGUUGACAGUGAAUCUUCUGACAUUAGCCAACCCUAUACAGUGUGUCGACAAUGCCCUGGGUUCGGUAGGCACAUUAUGCAGCCACAUCCUUAUCCACUUACCAUGGAGACUGAAGCAAUGCGAACAUUAGGUGAUGCCCCUUCUACCUCUACUAACUUUCCUGCAGCUGCCCAGGAAUAUGUAUGUUCUUCCCAGGGAAGUCAUGUGAUAUGUACAUGUUGCUUCCAGCCAAUGCCAGACAGGAGGAGUGAGCGAGAGCAAAACCCACAUGUGGCACCACAGCAAUGCACUGUAUGUUUGCAGUCUUUCUGUCACAUGUAUUGGGGAUGCACCAGAAUGGGCUGCUUAGGCUGUCUUGCUCCAUUUUGUGAGUUGAAUCUUGGAGAAAAAUGUUUAGACUCUGUGCUAAACAACAACAAUUAUGAGUCUGACGUUCUAAAGAAUUACCUGGCAUCCAGGGGUUUAACAUGGAAAGACUUAUUGCAUGAAAGUCUUGCAGCCGUUCAGCGAGGUGUUUUUAAGCUUCCUGAUGGCAGAAUUAACGGUAAUACUGUGCUUUGCUACUUCUGUGGCCUACGCAACUUCAGAGAUCUUACCUAUCAGUACAGACAAAACAUCCCACCUUCUGAAUUACCAGUGGUUGUGACAUCAAGACCAAAUUGUUACUGGGGCAGAAAUUGCAGAACUCAGGUUAAAGCACACCAUGCCAUGAAAUUCAAUCACAUCUGUGAACAAACACGCUUCAAGAACUAAGCCUAGUAUCAUCUGGAAGGAAUGCCACCUCUGUAACUUUACUUUGAAGUUCUCAUAAGAGGAGGCGUGAGAGAGGACAUGAAGAUGCCUGUGACCUCAUGGUGUGCAGCACCCUGUUUCUGGCUUGGGGAGGGCAGCCUGAUGUGUUUGGCACAUGAUAGUUGCCAGUUUUAAUUUCUGUUGGGUUUGUUUGACAUGUUGAGCUAUGGUUUGUGGAUGGACAGUGGAAACUGCUAUCAUACAAUGCAAAAUGUCCAGUUAGAGAAAUUGACUGGUUUAACAUUUAAAACAUCUGCCCAGUUACUGUGGGUUUAACAGCUUUUUGCUGCAUAUUGCUGUUAUCGAUGGACAUUAUAGUAUAGAAAAAGACCUGUUUGGUUCAUCAGUUAAAAUUCUUUAUUUAAAGAUUCACACUGAAUAUAUUGCAGGUUCCCCGCUAUUCUAGUGCGCUUUCCAUUCAGGGAAAUUGGUUCAAUUUACAGCCAUUGAUUUAUUAUGCACAUGACUAGUCUGCUUAUCUUUUCUGUAUAAGGGCUAGAAUCAAGCGAAUAAUUUUUCCUGACAACUAAUUGAGUCCUGGAAAAUCCUGCUCUGCACUGUGGUUCCUGUGAACGUGAUUUGCAUUGCUGAAUAUUUAUGUUGCUCAAGGAAUAUGGCUGCAACACUGAAUGUUCACUUCUGGAACAGCUAUGUCUUGGUAACCUUCAUCACUUUUGAUACCAUCAUUUUUUUUAAUGGACUAUCAACAACAAACAUACUGUAUAGUACAGGGAAAUAUAAGCAAUUGUUCUAGUAAAUGUUUAUACCUCAAAA